UUUUCGAGGAGUCUUCCUGCUGUGUUUACUGCGCUUCUGGCGCUGCGCCGGAAAAGAGAUGUCCAUUGCGAUUAUCUCUGGCGUUGGCCGAUGAUCUUUAUCAUCGGUGCAGUCGAUGGUUCACGACGAUGGUUUUUCCUGACGGCCCAGCCUGAUGGUUCGACAAUGGUCUAUAUCGAUCUUGUUUCCCGAUGGUUUUCCGACGGUUCGUCCCGACGGCUUAUCCUGACGGUUUUCUUGCGGGGUCUCCUGACGGUUCGUCCUGACGGUACGCAGGAGUGUCACUUUAUUUGUGUUAUAUAUGGAGUCAAGAGGAUAUCGACAGCAUUUUCGGCUUGGGAGUGGCUCGCGGGGGAAGGCGUGUGGUGUGGGAAGGUGGCCGGACCGACUCGUGCUUGGAGAAAUUGGGUCGGGCGCCAGCCUGGAGACCGCAAGAGGAGGACGGGUGGCAGAAGUCGGACUCUUGCGCCUCCUCGCGGUGCCACCUGGAUAGUCUCAUGGGCGAGACGAACUAAAUGCAAGAGACGCACCUCAGUGAAAGUCUCGGUGUGGUUCUUAUCUUCUUUGGCCGAGCUCGGAGCAUGUGUCGCGAGAGUUGCGUUUGCUGAGUGAAGCCACCUGCGCGUCUCGACGAGUCCCACACCGCGAGAUUGGUGAGCCUUCAUCGCAACCUUUCACCGCCCCCCGCAGCACGCAUAAAUUCUC